AUAUCUUAAGAAGAGAAGGAAGCAAUGGCUCUAGGCGUGUUUCUGGGGCUUCUUCUAACAUGUCUGCUUCUCCUUUCACUAUGGAAGCAGAAUUCUCAGAGAAGAAACCUUCCUCCUGGUCCCACGCCUCUCCCCAUCAUUGGAAAUAUUCUUCAAUUAGAUCUUAAGAACAUCAGCAAAUCUCUGAGGAAUUUUUCAAAAGUCUAUGGCCCUGUGUUCACUCUUUACUUGGGCAGGAAUCCUGCUGUGGUGUUACAUGGAUAUGAAGCUGUGAAAGAAGCCUUCAUUGAUCAUGGGGAGGAGUUUGCUGGAAGAGGAAAAUUUCCAGUGUUUGAUAAGUAUAAGGAAAACUGUGGGGUUGUUUUCACCAGUGGAAGGACCUGGAAAGAGAUGAGACGCUUCUCACUUAUGACUCUGCGAAACUUUGGGAUGGGGAAGAGGAGCAUUGAGGAUCGAAUUCAAGAGGAGGCUCGCUGUCUUGUGAAUGAGUUGAGGAAAACCAAUGGUGUACCCUGUGAUCCCACCUUCAUCCUUGGCUGUGCUCCUUGCAACGUCAUCUGCUCCAUUGUUUUCCAGAAUCGUUUUGAUUAUAAAGAUCAGGAAUUCCUUACCUUCUUAGACAUGUUAAAUGAAAAUGUAGAGAUUCUGAGUUCCCCUUGGAUUCAGAUUUGCAAUAAUUUUCCUGCUAUCAUUGAUUAUCUACCAGGAAGUCACAGAAAAUUGCAUAAAAAUUUUGCCUUUGCAGAACAAUACUUUAUGGCAAAAGUAAAAGAGCAUCAAGAGUCACUGGAUAUUAACAAUCCUCGGGACUUUAUUGACUGUUUCCUGAUCAAAAUGGAGCAGGAAAAGCACAACCCAAAGACGGAGUUUACUUUUGAGAACUUGGUCUUCACAGCAUCUGAUCUGUUUGCUGCUGGGACUGAGACAACAAGCACAACCCUGAGGUACUCUCUGCUGCUCCUGCUCAAGCAUCCAGAAGUCAGAGGUAAGGACCCAGUUUUGAAGCAAAUGAGUUUCAAAGAGAAAUUAGAAGACACCCCUGGAGUCCUUCAUUUUGUUUGUCUAAGGGAAACCUCAGAAUUUAACCUUUUGUGGCACUACAAUCUGCUAUAUUUAUCAGUAGGACUGAAGUAA